AUGUCCGCCGUCCAGACUAUCACGGUGCCCACCCAGCCUGAUAUUCAGUAUCAUCCUGAGUACGAAAAGUACAGGGAGCGUACCCGUCGUCGCAAAGAGACUGAGACUCUGCAAUCAAGUUUACCCACCGGCUUCCCACAGGAACUAGUCUCACCACUAGUCUGGGAAGGAAAGGACAUCGAGAAACAAGACGACUGGAUAUACCAGUUGAGCCAUACCCAGCUGGAUGAGAUCGACGCAGCCUUGAAGAGCUUCAAGGCCCUAAACCUUCCCCUGGGCCAUAUCAACCAGUCCACAUUCCCUCUCCCCACCCUCCGUCCAACUCUCCGCGAUCUAUCAAAGGAGAUCCACACCGGCCGAGGUUUCGUUGUCCUCCGAGGUCUGCACAUAGACGAAUACUCUCGCGAAGACAAUGUCAUCAUCUACGCCGGUGUAUCCUCCCACAUCGGGAACAUCCGCGGUCGCCAGCAAGACACCCGCCUGGCAAACGGCACUUCACCUGUGAUCUCCCAUAUCAAAGAUCUCACCAGCACUCCCGAGAAAGAAAGGAUUGGCGCGCCUUCAAACACAGCCGACAAGCAGGUCUUCCACACCGACGCGGGCGACAUCAUCUCCCUUCUGUGUUUGAACCGAGCUGCCUCAGGUGGAGAAAGUUACCUCUCCAGCAGCUGGAAUGUGUAUAACAUAUUGGCCAAGUCAAGACCCGAUCUCAUCCAUACUCUGUCCGAGGACUGGCCGGUUGAUGGCUUCAAUAACCCAACUAGACCUUACACCCUCCGCCCACUGCUAUACCACCAACCCGCCACAGAGACUACCCCCGAGCGGGUCCUGAUCCAGUACGCGAGACGCUAUUUCACUGGGUUCCUGGCGCAGCCCCGUUCCAAGGAUAUUCCUCCGAUCAGCGAGGCACAGGCCGAGGCGCUAGAUGCUCUGCACUUCUUGGCUGAGGAGCACAGUGCCGCAUUGGACUUCCAAAAAGGCGAUGUGCAGUAUGUGAAUAACCUUAGUAUCUUUCAUGCGCGGAAUGGUUUCACAGACGGGCCUGGGCAAGAACGCCAUCUGUUGAGACUGUGGCUGCGCGAUCCUGAGAAUGCAUGGGAGACACCGCAGCAGCUCCAGCAUCGCUGGGAUACGGUCUAUAAGGACGUUGCGGAGAAUGAACAGACGUUCCCUUUGGAGCCGGCUAUUCGUAAGAAUGUGGGAUCGUGA